GCCACUCAGCGGCACCGGGCGAUGGAGCGGUCUGCGGUGUGAGCUCGGAGCUCGGCCGGAGAGGGGCGAGAAGGGGCGGCCGCAGCAGGUGGACGCCCGGCCCGGGGCCGGCGAGCAAGGAGAAAGUACCUGAGCUCCUCCUCCGCCCCUUCGGCCCGCGAGAACUACUUUUCCCCUCGUCGCAGGAGACAGCCCGGGGGAAGGUGAAGGAGAUCAACGUUUUAUCAGGAGGGCUGCAGGGAAACCCUGGCCAGAGCGAGCCGCCGCCCGGUGCCCCGAGCACAGCCGUCCCGGGCUUCUGGAGACAACCCCUUCCCGAGAAUUCCAGCUGGAGUCGCUGAGACAGUUCUUUUUUUAAGCUUCUGGAGGUCGGAAGCCCAACGGAGAGAGAUGGAAAAGGGAGCCCGACACCGAAACAACCCCGCGAAGAGCCACCCGGGUGAGCUCAGAUCCGACACAAGCCUCGAGGCCGAGGCUGCCUCGGGAGGGGGCGGAGUAGCCCUGAAGAAAGAGAUCGGAUUGGUCAGCGCCUGUGGCAUCAUCGUAGGGAACAUCAUUGGCUCUGGAAUCUUUGUCUCGCCGAAGGGUGUGCUGGAGAAUGCCGGCUCUGUGGGCCUUGCUCUCAUCGUCUGGAUUGUGACUGGUGUCAUCACGGCUGUGGGAGCCCUCUGCUAUGCUGAGCUAGGUGUCACCAUCCCUAAGUCUGGAGGUGAUUACUCCUAUGUCAAGGACAUCUUCGGAGGACUGGCUGGGUUCCUGCGGCUGUGGAUUGCCGUGCUGGUGAUCUACCCUACCAACCAAGCUGUCAUCGCCCUCACGUUCUCCAACUACGUGCUGCAGCCGCUCUUCCCCACCUGCUUCCCCCCGGAAUCUGGCCUGCGACUCCUGGCUGCCAUCUGCUUGUUGCUGCUCACGUGGGUCAACUGCUCCAGCGUCCGAUGGGCCACCCGGGUUCAAGACAUCUUCACGGCUGGGAAGCUCCUGGCCCUGGCCCUCAUCAUCAUCAUGGGUGUCGUGCAGAUAUGCAAAGGAGAAUUCUAUUGGCUGGAGCCAGAGAACGCAUUUGAGAAUUUCCAAGAGCCAGACAUCGGCCUCGUUGCUCUGGCUUUCCUCCAGGGCUCCUUUGCCUAUGGUGGCUGGAACUUUCUGAACUAUGUGACUGAGGAACUUGUGGACCCCUACAAGAACCUUCCUAGAGCCAUCUUCAUCUCCAUCCCACUGGUCACAUUUGUGUAUGUCUUUGCCAAUGUCGCGUAUGUCACUGCAAUGUCCCCCCAGGAGCUGCUGGCCUCAAAUGCAGUCGCUGUGACUUUCGGCGAGAAGCUCCUAGGAGUCAUGGCCUGGAUCAUGCCCAUUUCUGUUGCCCUGUCCACAUUUGGAGGAGUCAAUGGCUCUCUCUUCACCUCCUCCCGGCUCUUCUUUGCUGGAGCCAGAGAAGGCCACCUUCCCAGUGUGUUGGCUAUGAUCCACGUGAAACGCUGCACCCCAAUCCCAGCAUUGCUCUUCACGUGCCUCUCCACCCUGCUGAUGCUGGUCACCAGUGACAUGUACACCCUCAUCAACUACGUGGGCUUCAUCAACUACCUCUUCUACGGGGUCACAGUCGCCGGCCAGAUAGUCCUCCGCUGGAAGAAGCCUGACAUGCCCCGCCCUAUCAAGAUCAACCUGAUGUUCCCCAUCAUCUACUUGCUGUUCUGGGCCUUCCUGCUGAUCUUCAGCCUGUGGUCGGAGCCAGUGGUGUGUGGCAUUGGCCUGGCCAUCAUGCUGACGGGAGUACCGGUCUACUUCCUGGGUGUCUACUGGCAACACAAGCCCAAGUGUUUCAAUGACUUCAUUGAGCUGCUAACCCUAGGGAGUCAGAAGAUGUGCGUGGUGGUGUAUCCCCAGGAGAGGGACUCAGAGACAGAAGAGACAAUGAACGAAAUGGAGGAACAACAGAAGCCCAUCUUCCGGCCUACUCCUGCCGAGUCCCAGGACUCAGAGGAGCAGUCCCGGCCCUGAAGACUGCCAUCCCUUUAACUGACCACACCCUCCUUCAUCCUCUCUGCCCUGCUUCCCUGCCUAGGACCUCCCAACACACCCACACACCCACAUCUAUACUUCUGUCAGGCAGGGACAAGACCUGGGUGUCCAUGGUGAAAAGUUCUAAACAAAGAUGCUGACCUUUGUACCCAAAGAACCUGCUUCCAAUACCAAGGCCCAAGGUCAAGGUCAGUGCACCAGGGCCUGUACACACCCUAUGGGCUAGAGGAAAGUGGAGGUACCAUGGGUACCCUAUGGGGCCCUUCCUCCUGGGCUCACACCCUUUAGGUGCCGCUAAGAAACCUGGGUUCACUGCUGUUUUUUUCUCCCUAUUUCCUAGCCCAGGUGAAGCUUCAGCUGGGAAAGAGGUAGCAGCCACAGUGAGUUAGUUGGGAAAGACAGAGCAGACAAAUGUGUCAGCUGGAGAAACUCAAAUGCCUCUUCCUUCACCAGGGACCCAGAGGCAGAGGGUUCACUUCCCUCCACCUUCUCCACCCUGUCCCACCUCCACUCCACUGCCCGGCCUCUACCCCAUCUCCUACCUCACCCCACCCCACCCCGUCACCCCCACCCAGGAAGUCCAUACCUCCUCCCCACUGAGCUAAGGACCAAGAAGGAGGACUGUCCAUCUUCUGAAACCUUCUACUCCCCCACUCCCCCCCUCACACCCCCAGCUCUAAGCCAGGCUUGUGGAAUAUACAGGGAAGGCUCAGCCUGCAGAAGCCAAGCCCUGCCCUGCCCUGCCCCUGCCCCCUUGUGGUGCCAAAGCUUCUUGAAGCCAGAAAGACUUCUGUUCAGUCUAAUAGACAUCUCUCUCUUAAGGGCAAAGAGACACAGCUCCCCCCCCCCCCCCCGUGUGAACAAGCAGCGGCCCUCUCAGCAGCUCUUCCCAUCCACAGCACUGCCGGCCACCCUCAUCCUUUUUCUCCCCUGGACCUUGGCUCAAGGACCAGGUAGGAAGGAUCCCCAAGUCCUUCUGGCCUGAAAUUAGAGUCAAACGAGCCUUAAGUCAUCUCCCAUCCUAGAACUGGGCCUAAAAUUGCUCCCUAUUUCUAACCUUCAGGACAGACCUAGCGUUAAAUGCCUUCCCUGGAAGGAAGGGUGCUUCCCCCUUCCCAGAGGUACUCCUCCCUCACUGUGGGGAGACCGUGCUGUGGGGAUGGAGAAUGUUCUCUGAAGGCCAGUUCCCCUCCCCUUCCUCAGCUCAAGUGACCCCACCACCAUCUUGCCAUCCCAUUUGGGACAAGAUGGAAGGGCAGGGACAGAAUGCCGCUCCUUUUGGAGACCUCAGCAAGCUGCCUCCGGGAGAGCUGCUGGCCUGCUCUCCACAGGAAGGCAACAGUGUCCCGGCAGCCUCCCGCACCUGCUGUGCUAAGUCCAGGAUCCUCUGAUCACAAAGCAAGACGCCAACUCCCCGGUUCACCUACUCAAACUGGAAUAACCAGGGGCCUUUUCCAGGCUGAAUCAGGUCUCCCAGCUUCCCACCGAACCCCUGACUAGUGAGAGGCUGGGUUUGGCCCCUCAAAAUACAGUCCAGGCAGGCUGUGGGGCCUCAGGGCACCAGGGACCAUCCCUCCAUCCCUUGACUCUCAUUCCUCCAGCCCAUGCCCACCCCUUCCGUGAAUUUUUUUUUAAGUGGAUGCCUUACUUUUUGGAUAACUAUUUUUGAAGCUGGUAUUUCUAUUUCUUUUGGAUUUUUUUUUAAUGUACGGUGGUUUGGGGGCAGCGCUAAACCUUAAUAAUCUGUCACUGAGUUCAUUUAGGUUUUAAAUUUCAUUGGUUUGUUCUGUGGAGUGUUUUCUUUUCAUGUAAUAAAUUUUUAAAUGAAUUUAAA